AUGACUGAGAAAAUUCGCGAGCAGAUAACUAAGUUGAGAAAGCCAUUCAUACCAGAAGAGGUUAGGGAAAAGGACCUAUACAACUUGAUCGUGACGAACUUCAGCGAGGUGGUAAAGAAAGUUGCCCACCUGAUGGGACAACAGUCAGUUCCCUUCUGGUCGCCGAGAUAUGAAGGACAUAUGUGCACCGACUUGACCAUGCCAUCUCUGCUGGGCUAUUUCAUGGCCAUGUUGUACAACCCAAAUAAUGUUGCCCUUGAAGCCAGCCCGUUCACAACCUAUGCGGAGAUUAAGGCGGGGGAGCAGCUCUGCGAGAUGUUUGGGUAUAAUAUUGACCCCAACAUAUCACCCCAAGGCUGGGGCCACAUUACUGCUGAUGGAACCAUCGCCAACUUGGAAUCGAUUUGGGUCGCCCGCAAUCUGAAAUACUACCCAUUGUCGCUCUACCUUGCCAUCAAAAAGGGAAAGUUGCAGUUCCUGGCUGGCAAGUUCUGGAUUGAGAAUUGCAAAGGUGAAUUCAAAGUUUUCGAAGAAAUGACUGCAUGGGAGCUUUUAAACCUUCGGCCCGAAACUGUGCUUGGCAUUCCACAGCGUCUAUAUGAUUGCCAUAAUAUCUCCAAUGACUUCCUAGAUGAGGCGAUGCUGGACUAUAAUAUCCAAAACAUCAGCAAGAGUCAGCUGGAAGAGAAAUUCAUGGGGACUGAUAUUGUCAACGACGUGAAGUUUCCAUUCAGGUAUAUGGUAGGAAAGACUCGCCAUUACUCCUGGCCCAAGGGCGCCGCUAUCGCUGGUCUCGGCUCCGACUUCAUGUAUGGAAUCAAAGUAGACCUAGAGGCGAGACUCGACACCAAAGAACUGAGAAAGGAGCUUCAAAAAUGCUUCAACGAAAAGCGACCCGUGUAUGGGGUUGUUGCUAUCAUGGGAUCAACUGAAGAAGGUGCCGUGGACAACCUGCAGGAGAUUGUGAAGAUCCGAGAUGAAUUCCGAAAGAAGGGAAUGUCAUUCCUACUCCAUGGUGAUGCUGCAUGGGGUGGAUAUUUCGCCACAAUGCUACCAAGAGGCAAAAAGCUGGAGAAACAGGUGGAAGUCCUUAAGAAACAAACAACUUCCAAAGGUUUUGUCCCAGCUUUGACACUAAAGAAAAGAACAGCUGAGGACCUCAAAGCCCUCAAACAUGUGGACUCUAUUACAGUUGACCCUCACAAAGCCGGUUAUGUGCCAUAUCCGGCGGGAAGCUUGGUGUACCGUGACGGUCGAAUGAGGUUCCUGGUCACUUGGACGAGCCCUUAUUUAUCUCAAGGAAAUGUUGACUCGAGCAUGGGAAUUUUCGGGGUGGAAGGAAGUAAGCCAGGAGCUGCAGCCAUGUCAACGUGGCUCUCGAACAAAACAAUCGGACUUGAUCAAUACGGCUAUGGAGCGCUUCUUGGAGAAGCAGCGUUUACUAGUGCGAGACUAUCAGCGUAUUGGGCCGCGAUAGGAGACGAGAAUGACACACCUGAUAGAAUGUUCAUCUGCGUCCCACUGAAUCGACCACCCGGAGAAAACGGAAAUGGUUACUUCUCUACAGAAGCCAGAAAGGAAAGAGAUCUCAUUCGAAAGAAGAUCCUAGGAAAGUCAAAUGACGAUAUUGCUGCAGCGGACGAGGAUGGAAAGCUGAUGGAAUUGCUCCGAGAAUUAGGGUCGGACCUGAACAUCAAUGCAUUUGCUUUGAACUGGUACGACGAGAAGGGGAACCUGAACAAGGACCUGGAAGAGGCCAACAAUUUCAUGAAGAGGGUUGUCGAUAGAUUCUCUGUUAACUCUUCAGACAGUAACCCGACUGCGCGCCCGUUCUACUUGACAUCGACGGAAUUCGAGCCAGAGUUGUAUGGUGCAUGCGCGCAGGACUUCAUGCAACGACUAGGGGUGAACAAGAUGCCACAAAACCUGUUCGUAUUGCGAAAUGUCGUCAUGAGCCCUUUCCCCACAGAUAUGAAAUUCAUCGACGAAUUGAUGCAAGUGUUCAAACAAGUGGUUAAACAGGAAGUCAUUGUCAGUCGGGAACGCAACAAACGGGGCCACCAGCAGGCAUCAUUCCUUAUGCAGGGUACCGACGAGCUGUUUUUGGUUUACCAGCCCUCUUUCCAUGAAGCUACCAAGAGGGAACAAAUCAUCAUGACUGCCGAUAUAUGGCACACGGAUGAUUACCGGAAUUUGAAAAGAAGCGGAAAAUACAAGCAGAUAACCCUGAAGUCAAAUCAGAACAUAGACCUCGAGGGGAAGAUUAGACUAUUGGCACGAAAGAGUCGAAAGAUGACACCGUGUGGAAAGAUAGAGGAAGACGGCCAGGUUGACUCUGAGAAUCACAGCCUGGGCGAUAAAGAAUCGGACACACGAGAAGAAGACACUAUUUCCUAUUUUUCUCACUUGACGGACUCUAAGGAAAAGCCAGAUCCCCGAUUGUGCUUCCUGGGACACAUCUAUGCAGAUGGCAAAAGGAGACUGUACACAGGUGUGACACUGAAGAGGCUAGUGAAGAGCCGACCUCUAAAUCUACGGAAUUGUGAUGAGGAAUACCCAAAAAGCUUCACGCCAUUCUACCUCUACGGCACAGAUUCACAAGCCCACAUUAGCCAUAUGCUGCUCCGAGCCCCCAAUGUGUCACUCACGGCGGACAACGUACACUUUGAUCAAGCAACGAAAGACAAGAUCAAAGAUAAGCUUUCCAGUGGCCUUAUUCUGGGCUUAAUAGAUUAUCCUGAGGUGGCCAUGCAGCCUAUUCAUGAACCCCUGCCUGAAGAGUUCUUUUUCCGCAAACGCUCGACCGGCCUGCGUGUGAAGGUGUGGGAGGAUCCACGUAAGGCGUGGACGGAGGGCCCAGGAUUGCUUGGUAAUCUUGGUACGGCCAUUGCUGAAGGUACCAUGAGAUUGGGCAAUGAAGUGCAGGUGGAUGCGGAGACCGUCAACUAUGACCCUAAUGGAUCGGUGCCUCCUGAUCCUAGCGGCUGGCAGCAAGAGUUUGAUAAGAUUGAAAGCGUAUUGAGCACAAACUGGCCGGCUGAGUUGACUGUGCGAAAAAGUGACCCUAGCGGCUGGCAGCAAAGGUUUGAUGCGAUUGGAAGUGUAUUGAACACGAACUGGCCGGCUGAGCUGACUGUGCGAGCAAAGGGCUUACCUAAUUGA